GCUUACAUGUAGCUCUGCCUUUGGGUCACCAAUUCUUGAGCAUCACCCAUUUUAUGCAGUGAGAAAAAAACACCAGAACAUCCCAUAUUGGUUCCCACAUAGCUUUCACAACACCUAGGUGGGACCCGAAAUACCCUCAGUUUUUCUGUGUCCCUUAUUUGAGUGUUGUUUGGGAUGCAUCUUUUCUGUUUGAUAUAAUACUCAAGCAGUAAAAGGAGAGAGCUUUAUUAAUAUAUAAAGGUGGGUGUGGGACUUUUGAGUCGUCUCAACAAGAAGCUAGUGUUGGUGACACUUUCCAUUGGCUAGUUUGAAGGUUCGUAUCGGUUAGUAGCAGUUGCUAUGGGGAGACAACCUUGCUGUGACAAACUUGGAGUGAAGAAAGGUCCAUGGACUGCUGAGGAAGACAAAAAACUGAUAAACUUCAUUCUCACCAAUGGCCAGUGCUGUUGGCGUGCUGUUCCCAAGCUUGCUGGUCUUCGCCGUUGUGGUAAGAGUUGUCGUCUUCGCUGGACUAAUUAUCUCAGACCUGACUUGAAGAGAGGCCUCCUCACACAGGCAGAAGAACAACUUGUUAUUGAUCUCCAUGCCCGUCUUGGAAACAGGUGGUCCAAGAUUGCUGCCAGGUUACCAGGAAGAACAGACAACGAGAUUAAGAAUCACUGGAACACACACAUCAAGAAAAAGCUCCUUAAGAUGGGUAUUGAUCCUGUUACUCAUGAGCCUCUCAACAAAGAAGUCACAUCACAGGAUAGUUCUUCCCCUGCAGAGCAUUUUUCACAAGUUGAUAAUACUAAUAUCCAUCAGGUUAAGGAAAACAGUGUGGCUCUCAACUUGGAAGAGAAUUCCACCUCAUCACCAGCAGAAAAUUCUUCUGGGGAAGAAUCCCUUUUGAUGGAUAGCAUUUGCAGUGAUGUGUCUUUGAUGAACAGUAUGUGGCUGGAUGAAACUCCUCUUAUGGACAUGUUAUGGGACAGUACACCUAAAUUGGAGAAUGAAAAGUUGCCAAUGUGGGAGGAUAAUUGUCCUUGGUUGUUGGACUGCCAGGACUUUGGUAUUCAUGAUUUUGGUUUUAAUUGUUCCAGCGAGAUUGAAUCAAAUGCACUGCAAACUCUAGACAUGGACAGAAAAGGGCUUUAGAAUGCAGUCCAUCUAGUAAAGUGAGUUAUCC